AUGACCUUCAACCAUCUUAUGCAUCCUCGAAAUCCCUACAAAUCCAAACCUCCCGACUUCAGCAAGCUCGCGUUUGAGUAUCCACGAUUUCGAAAGCAUUGUCGUGUGUCAACAACAGGAAAGGUGAGGUCUUUCCCUAUUCAUAUUAUUCAUGGUUUAGGUAGAAGGCGACUUUUCCAAUGAAGAAUUUGUCAAAGUUUUAUCCGAAACUCUGUUGAAGAAAGAUUUUGGGCUGGAUGUGGAAUUCAUGGAAGGAUCGCUGAUUCCGAGGGUUCCUCAACGGCUGAAUUACCUUCUCCUUAUCCAAGACAUCUUGAUCGCUAAUGGAAUAUGUGAAAAUGUAAUGGGUUUAGAUAUUGGUCGGUUUUUAUAAGAGGUAUAUGGGAAAAGUGAUGUUGGAGGCUUAUUAUUUGCUAGCCCAAAAAUGAAAAAUAUGGUUAUGGAAGCCAUUUUUUAUUAUACUUGACAUCAGCUGGUGCUUACCUUCGUAGAAAAAAACAGUUAAAUGUUGUCAUUUUAGGUACGGGUGCCUCUUGCAUCUAUCCAUUGCUUGGUGCAAGGUUAUGCAAGUUUUCCUUCGUAGCCACUGAAAUAGAUGAAGAUUCAGUAAAAUGGGCUCAAAAGCAAGUCGAAAAGAACUUCAAAAACAACGAGAUCAUUUUGAUACAAGGGCAGAAAGAAGGUUUCUUCAAAACCCCUCUGAAAUCAGUGGAUAGAUUUGACUUUUGCAUGUGCAAUCCUCCGUUUUUUCAUGAAAAGGAGGCGAAUGAGGUGAGUCGAAGGUUUAUAGUUAUUUUGUUUCGAAUUUUAGAAAUUCACAAGCGAUGUCAAUGGAAAUCGACGGAAUAGCUCGAAUAAGCACACAAACGCUCCGAAUAGCGUUACCGUAGCCAAAACAAAUGAGCUGAUGGUCGAAGGAGGAGAGGUUGAAUUUGUGAAAAGAAUAAUGGAUGAAAGUGUUCAAGUGAAGGACAAAUUUCGUCUGUUUACAACUAUGUUAGGGAAGAAAUCGAGUGUGGCAACUUUGAAGAAACAUUUAGUUGAUCGGGGUUGCCAGCAAUUUGCUGUUUCGAUAUUAUCCCAGGGACGAACUCAAAGAUGGGUAAUAUCCUGGACUUUUGAUGAAACAGUGGAUUUAACGGUGAGUUUAGUUAAUAGACUAGAUAGGUGCAUCCUUGUAGUGGUUGCUGGUGCAAUUUAGAGUUUGUUUUUUUUCUGGAUUGAUAUGAUUUACCUUUUUUUAGGCAUUCCGGACCACCAGACCACAGAAGAAAAGAAAGGCCAAAAUUCCACUGGAAAUACCUUCGAAAGCUCCAAAAACAGACUAG